CUGGCUCUACCCGUAAACCUUCGAACACACCCCUAAACUCUGCUAUAUAAAAAGUGCACACCCAUGCAUGCACCUUUUGGUAAAACCACAAAUUCACAAAACCAAUCACCAUGGGUUCAAUUCUCAGGAGAUAUAUAUGCAUAUGAAAGAAAAAAAAACAUUUAUACCAUUAAAAAGAAACAACAAAAAUAACCUAGAUACACUCUGCGCCACCAUCGGUGAUUCUCUUAACAAAAUAGAGAUUUUCCAUACUUCCGAAUCUGAUUUUUUUUUCCUCGGAUAGAUUAUUUUAUUUUUUUAGCGUAAACCAGGUAUCUUCUGCGCGCAACUUUUCAUCGUCGUAAAUUUUUUUUUCUCAAACUUAUCAACCAUGAAUCCUACUUCACACUCCGAUAAUAUCUCAACAAUAUUUACACAUCUCUUAACUUCCUUCUCCACUUUUCACUCACACUUCCUAUUACCUACUCUUUUCGCCGUCAUUGUUACCUAAUAAUUACAACGAUGAUUUCACCUUCAACGCCAAUGGCGAUUCCUUUCAAUGAUUCCAGUCCCGUUUCAGAAAACGAUGAUGAUACUGUGAGUUGCUGCAACGAGGACUUGUCCGACCAUGCAGACCAGGUGUUCGACGUUUUGCAUCAAUGUGAAGAUGUUGAAUUAUGUCCACCAUCAUUUUCUAAGAAAAGGAACAAUAGCCAAAAGGAUGUUAAUGAUGAGCUUCAAAAACCAGUUAAAAGGACGAAAUAUCGGCCUAAAGUGGUGUCUCAAGUUGCCAAAAGAACAAAGAAAUCCCAGCCUGAAAGCAACAACACUCCAAAACCGGCAACUCCGAAGCAAAGGAAAACUUACGUCAGAAGAAAGACUCCCAAGUGUCAGCGACCAUUAUUUGUUGACGAAGAUUCCAUUUCUUUUUCAUUUUUGGAAAAUUUCAACAAUUCAAAGGUUGAUCAGCAUGAAAUUGAGAAUUCAACAAUAACCAAUGAAUCUGCCAUCGGAUACAAUUCACUGCAAAGUUACCAGAAGAUGACUUCAUUGUCAUGUUUAACUCUAAUUGAGAGCAGAAGAGUUGGGGUAAAUUUUCCAAUAACGUGUAAGCGGAAAAGAGUUAGAAGGCAAAAAAUACAAUUGGUAAAACUCUUGACUCCUUUUGCAAAGGGGAAGAGGUCAACAACUUUUAUCAGGAAGAGAAAAUGUUGGACACAUUUCUGUGUAGACGGAAUGUCUAAAACUAGUAGAAAAAUGAAAUCUCUUAUCAAGAGAAUUGUUUCUUUGAAGAAACAAAAACGUCCAAAGCCCAAUAAGCUAGUUGCCCGCAAAAAAUCGGGAGAAUUAGUUCUGUAUAAUAAAAAAUCUAGAGUUGACGUAAUACUUGAUGAAGAGACGUUAAGAGUAUCAAAUUUGCUUCUUGCUGAAAGAGGACACCAUGAGCCCAAUCAAAGUGAUGAACAGAAGCGGUAUUGGAAGGAGACAAGAGAUUUCUAUCAGGAAAGGUUUAAUAUGUUCUUAUAUCGAAUGCGUUACAUCCAAGGUGACAGACGAUUCACACCGUGGAAAGGUUCUGUUUUGGAUUCUGUAGUUGGAGUUUUCUUAACUCAAAAUGUGUCUGACCAUUUGUCAAGCAAUGCAUUUAUGUCACUUGCUGUGAAGUACCCUCUUAAAUCAGUUAGCUGUGAACAAAGCAACAACCUAUUUCUUUCAGCUCCUAAAUUUGAUACUGAUCUAAAUGAUAGAGAAGUUGAAGAAUCGGAAGCUCAGGAAGCCAUUGAAUCUUCUAAAGUUGACAGCGAAACUGAAAAUAAUUCAUGUCCCAUGGAGAGGAGAAACUCAGACUAUUCCGAAGUUAGCUGUGAACGAAGCAACGAUGAAGAAAUUGAAACUCAGAAAGCCAACAAAUCUUCCAAAGUUGAUGAGAGAAACUCGGACUCUUCUGAAGUUAGCUGUGAACGAAGCAACAUCGAAGAUACUGAAACUCAGAGAGCCAAGUCUUCCAAAGUUGAUGGCAUGGAGAGAAACUCAGACUCUUCUGAAGUUAGCUGUGAACGAAGCAACAUUGACGAUACUGAAACUCAGAAAGCCAACAAAUCUUCCAAAGCUGAUGGCAUGGAGAGAAACUCAGAUUCUCUUGGCAUGAAUUUUGGUAUGAAACAAACUCCUGAUACAAAAAAAAGUAAGAAAGAAGAGAGAGAAGAGGAAAAUAGGAUCCUAUUGGAAAAGAAGAGACAAAAUUGGGCUGAACUAAGAAAAAAGAACACGAAAAGUCAUCGACACCGUGAUCAUGAGGAUUCCAUUGAUUACGAAGCAGUAAGAACUGCAAAACUUGUUGACGUUGCUGCAGCUAUUAAAAUUCGUGGGCAACACACCAUUAUUGGAGGCAAAAUAAAGGCUAUGUUGAACAAGAUAAGGGACUCAGAUGGAAGGAUGGAUUUAGAAUGGCUAAGAAAUAUUGAACCAAAGGAAGUAAAGGAAUUUCUUUUGGACAUAUAUGGAUUGGGAUUGAAAAGUGUGGAAUGUAUAAGGCUUUUAGCUCUUAAUCAUGUUGCUUUUCCGGUGGAUGUAAAUGUUGCAAGAAUUGUUGUACGUUUGGGAUGGGUUCCGCUGCAACCAUUGCCAGGAUAUAUUCAAAUACAUAAUUUAGAGAUUUUUCCAGAUUCAAACAAAAUUCAACAAUUUCUUUGGCCAAGACUAUGCACGCUUGAUCAUGAGACAUUGUAUGAAUUGCAUUAUCAGUUGAUAACCUUUGGAAAGGUUUUUUGCACAAAGAGAAAUCCGAAUUGCAAUGCUUGUCCAAUGAGUGACGUGUGUGAACAUUAUAAAAGUUCUCUUGCAAGGACAAAACUUGCCUUACCACCCAAUCGAAACUCAGAUCAAACAAUUGUAGCGACAGAAACGGAUCAUGCCAAUGCAUACUCUGAUUUGCUAAGCAAUUCUAAAUCAACAUUCAUUACUGAGGACCGUAAAGAAUGUGAGCCUAUAGUUGAGAUGCCUGCAUCACCAGAACCAGAAGACAUUGAUUUAGAUUCAGAGCUUGAUGAAGAGAUUUACUAUGGUCAUACUAACGAAGAUAAAGACAUUGAGGAUAUUAUGACAGUCAACCUCAGCAGUCAAGAAUCAUCAUUCUUGUCAAAGAUACUUGAUAAUUCUUUUGAAGAGUUUGAUUAUGGCAUGAAUACAUCAUCAACUAUGGUAUUAAGUCAAGCUGCUGCAAUUCCUUCACAAAAAAUGAAAAAUGUUAGCCGCCUGAAAACUGAGCGCUUAGUUUAUGUCCUCCCAGAUAAGCACCCUCUCCUAGCAAAGUGCGCUCCACGAGAACCAAAUGAUCGUUCCCCUUAUCUCCUGAUUGUAUGGUUACCAGCUGAAUUAGGAAGCUCGGAUGAAACAAGCAAGACCGGCUUGCAGGAGGAAGAGAAUAUUCAAAGUCAAACAGUUCCUGGAACACUGCUGAUACCAUGCCGAACUGCAAUGAGAGCGCGUUUUCCCUUGAAUGGAACAUACUUUCAAACCAAUGAGGUUUUUGCUGACUAUGCUUCAAUGAAACAACCAAUCAAUGUUCCUCGAAAUUGGAUAUGGAAUCUAGAAAGACGGAUAACAUAUUUUGGCACUAGCUUUUCAUCAAUAACGAGAGGUUUAUCAAUGGAACAAAUUAAGAAUUUGUGUUGGGAAGGGUUCAUUUGUGUGAGAGCCAUUGAUACUAUAACUGGAGCUCCAAGGCCUAUAUCAUCUAUAUUGCAUCGCAACACAACAACCAAAGUCGGAAAGGGAAAUAAAAAUGUGUUGCCAAAUGAGUCAUAAGCAAUUCAUGGAUUAUGUUUUCUUGAUGCUUCAUUCAUUCAUGUUUGCCAAAGCAUCUGGUGCUUUGGUUUUGAAUGAACCCCGUUUAAAAAUUUGACCGUUGUCAAGGAUAGUUUGUAUGCUUUGAUUGUUCUCUUUUCGAAAUUCGAAUUCGAUUGCUGAUUUGUAUGUUUGCUAUCUUGUUUUUAAGUUGCUUGUAGCUUUGCUAAGGUUUGUGAUUUGAGUCAACAUCUUUUGGAAUACAAUUUAUAAGAACAAAGCUCAUGAGAUUAGAAUUGGGCAUUGAAUGCUAGGAUAACCAUUGGAUUCUUUAAGUAUUUAAGAUAAAAUGUUGGCAUAGAAUUGUGAGACACAAGUAACCCACAUGACUGAUUCUGGUGGUGAAAACUUCAGAACUUGGAGUGUGCUCCUUGCAACACUUUGGAAUGCUUGGAUAAACAUUGGAUUCUUUAAGUAGUUAAGAGAAAAUAUUGGCAUAGAAUUCUGAGACACAAAGUAACUAACAUGAGUUGUUUGGUGGUGAAGAAUGAGCAAAAUUUGAAUCCUUCCCAAUGCCACUUUAUGUGUUGGAUCGCUUUAUACAGAACAAAAUUUUGACUUCAAAUGGCUCUUCCGUCAAUAGACGGUGAAAUUGGUAUCUCUUAGCUUAGUUGAUCAUUGGCGGGAUACCGAGUCUUAAAAAAAAUAUUGCGUGGCACAGGUGAACUUUUAGCCCCUGACAAUAGUAAAAGUGAGUGUAGGCAAACAAUGAAGUUUUCUUCAACUGUACUUGGAGAACAACGAAUCUGAAUUAUCUCCUAUGUGUUCUGUAGAAAAAAAUGCAAGAGGGAAUUCGUUUCCCAGAACAACUGUAGUAUGGUUUUAAAAGUUUUUUGGAAGUGAGACUAACCAUAUUCGUUUUGUUA